AUGGCUCUGCAGGAUCCAGUUGAUCCUCAGCCGGAUCAGUCCGUCCUGGAGUCGAUGGCUCUGCAGGAUCCAGUUGAUCCUCAGCCGAAUCAGUCCGUCCUUGAGUCGAUGGCUCUGCAGGCUCCAGCUGAUCCUCAGCCGGAUCAGUCCGUCCUUGAGUCGAUGGCUCUGCAGAAUCCAGUUGAUCCUCAGCUGGAUCAGUCCGUCCUUGAGUCGUCCUUUCCAGUUCCAUUUGAUGAAAUUUAUGAAGUAGGAGAAGAGAUUGGAGAAGGAGGCUUUGGCACUGUGUACGAGGGGAUUUCGAAAUUUCUACGUGAGCAGGUCGCCAUCAAAUUCAUCCCCAAGUAUGAAACAGACCAGUAUAUUCAAAUACCUGGCUGUUCCAAGCCGCUGUUUGCAGAAGUGGCUCUAAACCUGCUGCUGAAACGACCUCCGUUAAGCCCCUACAUUGUGCACAUGCUGGAAUGGUUCGAAGAGGACGAUCGGUACAUCCUGAUCCUGGAGUAUCCACAGCCCUGCAAAGACUUGCUCAAAUUCAUGGUUAACAACAUGCAGCUACUGGAUGAAUCACAGACACGUAGCCUGAUGUACCAAGCAGUGCUGGGAGCCAAGCACUGUCUUGACCGAGGCGUCUUCCACCGUGACAUUAAGUUAAAUAACUUUCUGAUCAACACAAAGACAAACCAAGUCAAACUGAUAGACUUUGGCUGCAGUGACCUCGUCAAAAGUUCAGGCUACUUGGAUGGUUUUACAGGAGGAGUCUGCCCACCUGAGUACUACAGGGACUCAAAAUACGAGGCAGGGCCAACAACUGUCUGGUCCCUGGGCAUAAUGAUGUACACAAUGGUGUGCAGAUGUCAGCCCUUUAACAGUCUAGAAGACAUGAUGCAUGGCAGUCUGAGUUUUAAUGCCAGAAUAUCCUCAGAAUUGCAGGAUUUGAUAAGCCGCUGCCUGGCUUAUCACCCAACCGAGAGAGCAACUAUAGAGGAGAUCCUAAAGCAUACAUGGUUUCAGCAGGGACACAUGUCAGGAGUAGCUCAGGAUCAGCAGAUGCUCCAAAUCGGCCCCAGUGAGGAAAAGCUGCACAAACCAUUCAGCAGAGAGUCUUCAGAGCAGCAAGCUUAG